AGUAGAGAACGGACUUCCAGGAACGUGUCUUUGUCCCGCCUCCGUUGCUUGACGACAAAAUAGUGGACAGGAAAGUGUUCCGGGAAGUGAAAUACCAAGACACUGAACUUAAAAAUUCUGGCGCGUCCAGCUGUUCUCCAGUAGUAUUAUUAUUGGAAAUAUAACGUCACGUAUAGUUUAAAAUUGGGAAGCAAUGAAACUCACUAGAGAACAAUAUAAUGAGAUUGCUGAGUACCUAGAACAACUUAGACCUACAAGGCAAUGCAUGAGGAUAUUAGCGGAAAAGUUUCCAGAUCAAUCGCAGUCCACUCUACAGAGCAUCUUCUCCCAGGAGUACCAGAAGCGUAUUAAAAGAACGCAUUGGAAGCAUCAUUCUGCCGAGGCUACCUCAUCUUAUUACAAAAGGUAUCUGAAUGGAGUGAUGAGAAAUCCUGCUGCCUCGGUCUUGUUGGAGCUAGCCAAUGAGGUUGAUUUUUCUCCAGCUUUGAUGGCUCGAAUUGUGCUUGAAGAAUUUCUUCAUCAGCAGGAAGGUGUUUUACCCACAAAGCCAGUUAUAAACAGCAUGAUACGAGACCCAUCUAAAAUUCCAGAUCGAGUCCUUGCUCGUCAAGUCUUUCAGUGCACAGUCAAUGAUUGUUGUUAUGGACCAUUAGUGGACUGCAUCAAACAUGCCAUUGGGCAUGAACAUGAAAUUCUUCUGCGUGAAAUGCUUCAAGAGAAGAAGCUGUCCUUUUUAGAUGAAAAUCAGCUACGGGCAAAGGGCUAUGACAAAACACCAGACAUUAUUUUAGAAGUACCAGUUGCUGUAGAAGGUCACGUAAUUCACUGGAUUGAAAGCAAAGCCUCAUUUGGUGAUGAAUGUAGCCACCAGUCUUACCUGCAUGACCAGUUCUGGAGUUACUGGAAUAGAUUUGGCCCUGGACUAGUUAUUUACUGGUAUGGAUUUAUUGCUGAGCUGGACUGUCUUCGUGAACGUGGCAUCCUGCUAAAAGACCAUUUCCCUACAGACAUUGUAACUCUACACCAUACCAUGCCUUAGCAUUGACCCUGGAAGUGAAGGGGAGAGGUGAAUCCGGAAAUAAUUUUGCUUUCCUGCAGUGUAAACCAUUGGCAGCAUCUGCACUGAACUUCAUGUGAACUCCUGCUGCCCGGGGUCACUGCUGCAUCUUUUGGAAAACACUUUUUUUGAGUUUCUGUUUUGCUUCAUUUUGGAGUUGAAAUGAACACCCAAAGCUUCACACACAACUUACUCAUUAGCCGCUUCCCUGUCUUCAUCAGUUAAUGGAUUGUUAGAAUCUUUCUCCUGAUUUUUAUUUUUCUAGGUCACUCAGCAAAUAGGGAUGUCAUAGAGGCUAAGUACAGGACUCCUAAUCUCCUGGAUACUUGAGUCACAUGAAGAAAAAUAUUUUAACUGCAGCUUUUUUAAAAGAAAAAUAUAUUUUGCAUUUUAGUAGCCUUCUUGUGUUUUAAUUCUGAGUUCACAUUCAAAUGAGUGGGCUUUUUGAAUUAUUCUAUUUUUAUGUGUAUGUUCAAUUUUACAUAGUGCAUAUUUUUUUUUUACAUUCAGUAUAGAAUAUUUCAGACAGUUUAAAGUUAUAAAUCAAAGAAAAUGUAAGCACUACUAACCCAUCUUUAAUGUGCUGAAGAAGUGUGUUCAUUGUUAACAGAUGUUGCAUUUAGAGGACUAAAAACUGGCAAUUUUCUCAGAAUUUUAAAAUGCAUAUUCAGUCUGAGAAACAAAUGAACAAAAUAAAAAUCAUGAUUUUUUGA